AUGAAGCGAGACGUAGACGCAGCGAGGCAAGCGGUUGGAAGGACGGUGUACGGACGCAAGAUGCGCGGAACAGAGACAGUGCUUGACCAGCUUGGUAGCAGAAGCGUUCGCUGGGUGUACGGACGGGCGUGGAUGAACAACCGGCAGAUUGAUGUACAGCAGAAGAUGAACGACGACGACGACGAUGAUGAUGAUAAUGAUGAUGAUAACAGCGACGACAAGAACGACAAGAUCAGAGAGGGAGAGAGGGUUGGAAAUCGUGAAAUGGCUUGGCACGAAAAAGGAGCGAGGCACGCCAAGCUUAACUUGGCUUGA